AGAAGUGCAUUGUCCCCUCCUGAUCCAAAAAAAAUGUCCAAGUGCGUCCACAAGGGUUGCGGGAAGGUCUUCACCGAUCCCGAAGAGCCAUGCGUCUAUCAUCCUGGACCACCGGUCUUUCAUGAGGGCCAAAAGGGCUGGAAAUGCUGCAAGCCCCGCGUUCUCACCUUCGAUGAAUUCCUCGAAAUCCCACCUUGUACUACCGGCAAGCAUUCGACUGUAGACGAUACCCCAGUCGAACCCCCCAAGAACACAGGAUCCGCUGCUGCUGAACUAGUCGCACCCCAGCCGGUAACUGCGCCUGUCGCAGAUAGCGGGGUACCACGGCCGACAUACUCGCCCGCCAUUGCCCCUCCGUCGAACGCAGCGACGCCCGCCCCCGAAGAAUCAGAGUCCGACGAUCCAUCUCUUGAGAUCCCAGCGAACGCCACAUGCCGUCGCAAGGGAUGCGGUGCGAAUUACAACUCGUCCGUGUCGCGGGAGGAGGAGAAAUGUGUCCAUCACCCUGGACAGCCGAUUUUCCACGAGGGUAGCAAGGGAUGGUCAUGCUGCAAGAAGAGGGUUCUGGAUUUUGACGAUUUCCUGAAGAUCGAAGGCUGCAAGGAGAAAAAGAAGCAUCUUUUUGUCGGACAGGGCAAGCCAGCUGGUGAGGAGAAGGUGGAGAGUGUCAGAAACGACUUCUACCAAACCCCACACUCGGUCAAUGUCUCGCUGUACCUGAAGAAGAUCGACAAGAACCAGGCUAAGGUCGAGUUCUCUGAGCAGUCGAUCGAUCUGGAUCUUCCCACUACCGAUAACAAGCGGUACAAAGAUACAUACCAGCUGUUUGCGCCGAUUGAUCCCGCAAAAUGCCAAUUCAAGGUGUUGGGUACUAAACUGGAAUUGAUGCUGGUAAAGGGUGACGGGACAAGCUGGCCAGUCUUGCGGAGUGAUGAUAAAUGGAGUGGAGAGAGGAUCCAAAUUGGACAGGCCGGACGGGUCUGA